GAGGAACAGUGUACAAUGUGCCAGGAGGGUUUUCAAGCUCUUCCUCCUUGAGCAUAUCCAGCGCGCUUGGUAGAUGAACGGCAGAAUCUGAAGAGACGGGCUCGCAAAUAUCGAAACGGACCAUCUUGAUGCCCGUCUUCCUCUCCAUUUGUCCCGUCAGGCUGCUCUUCUCGCUGAAAAUCACAUCAAAAUUCGUUACGUGGGGGUGCUGCUUGCUUUCGAAUUUGCGGCGCAUGGGACUCACGCAGAAUCCUUGGAUGCUAUCGACGAGCUCACUGGUAGCAUCGGCUUUUCUGCCAGGUCACCAUGCUGAUCAGGGUCGAGAAAUCUCCGAGCACGAGUGCGGAAGGCAAUGCUCACCCAGCACCGGCUGAAUUAUGUCGUCCAAGUCAAGCGUCGAGUCCGAAGCCGGUUCUCGCGGGUCGUGCAUGCGCGCUUGCAGAGGUGCUAAGCGACUUCCAUCCACCGCUCGCGCAGAUUCGUUCGACGUCGUUUCAGCAGCAGAGCCGUGACGUUGCUCGUCAAGCAUCUCUGGGUAGGGUGGAGGUGCCAUCAGCAUUCGUCUAUCACGGUUCCGACAUUAGCGCACGCACCCAGCUCUGGCCACCUCUCGAGAUCGGGCAAAAAGAUCGAGGGGCUAGCUACGUCCAACGGAGCGCUGCUCAUGCCGGCGUUCAAGAUGUCCCGAAUGAUGACCGACGCGCCUUGCGUGGGACCCAGCGAGAGAGGUGUGCUGCUCGAGACUCUUGGACUGGAUCGCGGGAGUACAGGCUGUAUCAGGGGUGGAGAGAGGCAGCGCUGCGAGGAGAGCAAGCUUCGGGCGUCAAUGCCGAACGGGUGUGCGCGGGCGCGGGCGCGCCGUGCUCCACGCCUACGCACCUCUUUCACCUCUCCAUCCUCAUCCAACGCCCUAGUGAGCUCGACCGGAUCCAAAAGGCUCUGCUUGGGGCUGUCUUGAAACGCGAACAGCUUCUUGACGUGCAUCACCUGUGCUCUAGAAGUCGAGAGCUGGAUCCCACUGUGAUUUGAGGCGACAUGAGCGCGCGAGCACCGCAAAAACGGCACCUUUUGAGCGCAUACACACAGCAGUCGCGUUCUGGACAUUUCCGGCAAGCUGGACGCGGAGAGUGCUCGUCGAGUUUCG